AUGUUCUUUGAUAUCACUGCCAACCAAGUUGCAAAGUCAGAAGAAAACUUUUGUGCUCUGAGCACUGGGGAGAAAGGAUUUGGCUAUAAAGUCUCCUGCUUUCACAGAAUUAUUCUGGGAUUCAUGUGCCAGGGUGGUGACUGCCCAUGCCACAAUGGCACAGGCAGCAAGUCCAUCCAUGGGGAGAAAUUUGAUGAUGAGAAUUUCAUCUGGAAGCACAUAGGCCCUGGCAUCUUGUCCAUGGCAAAUGCUGGACCCAACACAAAUGGUUCUCAGUUUUUCAUCUGCACUGCCCACACUGAGUGGCUGGAUGGCAAGCAUGUGGUCUUCAUCCAGGUGAAAGACGGCAUGGAUGUUGUGACAGCCAUGGAGUGCUACAGGUCCAGGAAUGGCAAGACCAGCAAGAUGAUCACCAUCACUGACUAUGAGCUACUCUAA